AUGGGGCGUCGGACACAGGAAGACAACAACGCGCCACCAAUGAAAAGAUGUGGCAUCCACUUCCCCUUGGGGUCGGACAUUCUUAGAAUCCAAUAUCAGCCAUCUCACAACAUCAAGAUUGAGUGCCCACUCUGGCUGAAUGGAAAUUUCAUAACUAAAGACUAUGGUAAAACUUUGGAUGCCCUGUUCAUGGUCGAAAGUCUCGCUAUCAUUGGCAUGCUAGUUCAUUCCCUGAAGUUGAAAGCCUUGGUUCUGGAUAAGACAGCGCUGCAGAAAGCAGAGAACAUUUCUUUUCGCUACAACACGAACAUCCAUUUUGUCCAUCUCCAUGAUCUAAUGAUGAGGAAGAUGAGCUCGAAGGAUAUGCAUACAAUUAUGGAACUGAUGGGGGUCAAAGUUCUAUCAUGGGGAAUUAACGCAUGCUCAAAGAUGGUUAUUAUCAAGCUAUACAUUCUAAAUGCUGGUGACGAUAUUGAGUGCGUGGCAUGGAAAAACCUAAGACAACAAAUAAACAGCAAUAUGCUCCUCCAAGUUCAGCUGUGGUACAAAGAUGAGGAUAUGGCAAAGACUACGAAACAUAAAGUAGAGCUCCAUGGGGCAUUAAUAGACAGGAUCAAGAAAGAGAAUGCCAAAAUUAGGGUGUUCAAUAUAGUCACAAAGAAAGAGAUGGUGUUGUAG